UCAGGUAUGACUCUGCCCCUUUUUGUUCUUCGCCAUUUCAGGGUCCGUGCAUCCGCAUCGGCAGGGAGAGUGAGCCAGGCUGAAGUGAGUGUUGUCCUGCGUCUGUCGCAAAAGGCUCCGUUUGUCGGUGGAGUUACACCAUUCCCUUUUCAACACACGCACCUCACAACUCUUUUCUUUUCUUUUCACCUUUCACACAGCUCUUGCUCUUGGUCGUCGUCUUCCUUCACGCAACCACGCAGAGCACGACAGCAUGGCGACUACCAACCCCAAUCCCCCUACCUCCCAGUGCGCAGUCUGCAAAGUACCAACAUCCAAGCACUGCAAGCGUUGCGCUGAAGGGGUCGAUGUCGAUGGCGCUCUGGCUCAGACCUUCUACUGCUCCAUCACCUGCCAGACCGCCGACUUCCCCACGCACAAAGCAGUCUGCCGCAGUGCCAACGAUCGCAAACAGCUCUACCGCGGCGGUGAGCUCCUUCAGAAGGUCUUCUACGCUUUUCGUGAGGUUGCGUUCGAUCUCGAGAUUUGUGAUAUCAAGAAGACGGGAAAUGACAUCCACUUUUACGACCCGGCGACGGGACUCAAGAAAGGCCCUCUCUUUCCAUUCCCCAACAACGACUCGCUCACCACCGAUGACAAGCAUGCCAUCCUGACGUUCUCAGCCUGCGGCGACGGAUUAGCUUAUAUGCAUGAGCUCAUCGAAAAGGUCAUGGAAGGAAUUGGGAGCACCACUCAACCCCUGACGGAAAUCAUUACCAACAUGAAAGGCACCAAACGCACAGUGUGGCACCACGGUCUCAACGGCGUGAGCCACAACAAUCAAACCAUCACCCACCAGUUCCUCCAGGCACAGCUCAAGAACGGAGAGAGGUACGCAAUCGACAUGAGCGGAGCGCAGUACGGCCUAUACAGCGCGGUGGCCCCCAUGCAAAAGUACUUGGACCAGCACAUCGAUCUCCGCCGCUUCUCCAUUCGUGCGUUUGGAGAAGCAAAGGAAGACAUCAAAAAGUUGGUAGACCCGUCUUUGGCCAAGCCAGGUUUCGAUCAGCGGAUGUGUGUCAUGCACAUACUUGCUGCACAGGCCAUGAAUUCGGCGGUCGAAAUGUGGGAAUCCACAGGACAUUCAGUGGUCGCGUUGUUGAAGGACACGCGGGCGAAUUUUGAGAUCGGCACAGAAGCCCUCGUGGAGGCUGUCACUAUGCGUGUGGAUGGGCACAUCAAAUACCUGCAGACGAGGGAAGCGGACAUGUGGGAGGUGGUGAAAGUCCCCAAAGCUCCCGGCAAAGGUACACACAACUCCGACAUCCCUGUUCUCGUAGCAGAUGCGGCUGAGGCGACCGACGUGGACCCCGCAGCAACAGCCAAGGAGCAGUGGGCGAAGGGCCCGGGGGACAUGAUCCAUUCGCUCGUCAGCCAAUUCGAAGGGGCCAACAUCACCUGUUACUCGGCGGACGGGCAGGGCGGAGUUGUCAGGUUCGACGUUCAUUAGAAGCAGGUGAUUGGACAUUCAAGAUGUGCUUCGCUGGCAGGGUUGGGAGACGGUGUGAUAUCGCAGACGAAUGGCGAGCAGCCCAG